GGCGGACAAGAUGGCGGCUCCCAUGGAGCUGAGCUGCUGGGGCGGCGGUUGGGGGCUGCCCUCCGUGCACCCGGAGUCGCUCACCGUCAUGGCGUAUGCCAAAUUUUCUGGUGCUCCGCUGACAGUGAAUGCCAUAAAUAACUCCUGGAGAGCUCCAAAAGGAGAGGUACCAAUCUUGAUAUCAGAAGACACUGCUAUUUCUCAACCAGCAAAAAUCCUAAGCUUCUUAAGAAAGCAGAAAUACAAUGCUGAUUAUGAAUUGUCUGCAAAACAAGGAGCUGAUACACUGGCAUAUAUUGCUCUGCUUGAAGAGAAACUGCUUCCUGCUCUGCUGCACACAUUCUGGGUUGAGGCUGAAAACUACUGCAGUGUGACAAAGCCAUGGUUUGCCUCAAGGAUUCCCUUCCCACUGAGUUUGUAUCUGCCUGGAAAGAUGUCCAGGGAAGCUCUCAACAGGAUCUUGCUGACCAAGGGUGGUCCUCCACUCUACAGUCUCACUGAAGUGGAAGCACAGAUAUACAGGGAUGCCAAGGAAUGCCUAAAUCACCUGUCGAAGAGAUUGGGAACAUCUCAGUUUUUCUUUGGAAAUACGCCUUCUACCUUGGAUGCCUUUGUGUUUGGUUUCCUUGCACCACUUUAUAAAGUGUGCUUCCCCAGAGUACAAUUACAAGAGCACUUGAAACAGCUUCCCAAUCUGUGUCGUUUCUGUGAUGAUAUUUUAAGUUGCUACUUUAGGUUAGCUGUCUCAGGCCAUUCUCCAGCUGGACAGGAUACAGUAGAUGCUAAUCUGCAGAAACUCACACAGCUUGUAAAUAAGGAAUCCAACUUGAUUGAAAAGAUCCGGCUCUCAUUAUUUCUCUGCAGAUGGACGACAACCUUCGUAAGAGCCCUCAGCAUCCCCCUCGAAAGCUGACAACGCUCAAGCUUGCUGCAGGUGGAGAAGAAAGCAGUCCAUUGAAUCGUUUGUCACCUUGACAGCUUCUGUUGCCCAUACGUGUGUGUUUGCCUUCAGCUCUUCUGAAUGUUACAGCAAUUGUUUUUCCCACAUAAAUGUGGUUUGAUAAGGGAAGAAUCUGCUGAUGGGUACAAGUAGGGAAAAAAGUAGAGCUUUACAAUCACCUAUCUGCCCAUUCUUUUAAGAAAGCACAUAGUUCAGGCUCACCACACACUAAGCUGAAGCUAGAGUAAACUAUUAAACGAGAAGCUUGUUCCUGCAGAUGUCGAAGUAUUUUUUGUAUGGCAAAUUCUCGUCUUUAGGCUAAUGAAAGUGUUGACUAAAAGUUAAGAUUCCAUUUAUGGAAUGUUUGCCUUUAUUUUACUUUAUGGUUCUUGAUUUUACUGUAAUCAUGUAGUUUAUAAUUCAGCCAUGUCACUGAGUGUGAGUGGCUAUAGUCUUGUAUCUUUCUGCAGAUUACAAAGUCCAGUUUUAAAAUUGUGGAAAAUAGUGGAAGAGAAGGAAAUGUUUCCCUUCACAGCAGAUGAGAACUGAAAGGCAAUGAGAGGAGGUUAUACGGUUUUUAUUGUACUUCAUCAGCACUACUGUAUCUUAUAUUUUAAGGGUGCAUGUGUUUUUGAAAGCUUGUCACGUUGCACUUUGAGAAAGAUGUUGAAAAGUGUAUGCACUGUGGGGAGUACAGUGAUGUACAAUAUUAAUGCUUCACCUUUGAUACCUGAGUGAAAGAAGCUUAACCUGUGUACUGUAUAAUAUUCCAUGCUACAAAACCAUGGGUCUAGGUCACAGAAAGGACUGGUAGCAAGCUGGAAGGGUUUGCUUUGUUCCCAUUAAGACAAGAGACUUUGACUAGCAGACAUAUUGUAGCUCUGGACUGAGAUGCACUGGUUAAGACUUUGUAAAAAAAAAAAAAAAAAAAAAAAAGCCAACGUAGGCUUUUUUACUUUGUGUCACAGAUGCCUCUAACUAAUUUUGUCUUACUUCUUAUAAGUGCUAAAUCUUCAUUCAUUCAAAAAAUAAAUGUCCAAAUUUUUAUUCCUUAAUAGUCUUGUCCAGAGUUCUUUUAUCUCUGCAGUCGUAACGUAUUUCAGCACAUAUUUCUUCUAUUGAAUUAAGGGACUUAAGCAUCUCAUUACAUUUCCUCUUAGCAGCAGUUUUGCCAGUUUUAGAGACCCAAGCAAUUCUGUUGUGGAAGAGAACUGUAGUUCUAUAUUGGUGAUGUACUGGCAGGUGCAUCAGAGUUGGUCACGUGCCACCAUUUGGGCUAAUCUACUUGAGAUACAGAAUUCCAAUAGAUGUAGAUCUUCUGAUUUCCCCCCCCCCCCCACCAGCUGAAUCAAAAUAGCCUUUCAAUUUCCUUUCAACUAUUAGUCACAUUUGAGAUAUAGAGAUGAAUUAUUUACUAUUUAUACAGACAAGACUGUGUACAUACUGAACUUUUAGACUUGAUAGUAAGGAAUGUAAUAAGAUUAAAAUUUCUUAAUUAUGACUAAAAUGAUGGGGUUUUUAAUGAGCACUUUACAAUAAGGUUUAUACUUCAUGCUCUUCCUAGAAUGUUUGUUUUAGUGAUUAGAAAUGGAUCUAGCCCAUACUCAUGGCAAUUGAAUAAACUGACAGUCCUGUACAUGUAAAAGAAGGUCAAAUAUUUAAAGCUUAUGCUGUCUGUAUCUUGACAAGGUGUAAAUGAAGUCAUGUCACAUGGCUUUUUAUAGUCUUUUAUUUUUUGAACACCGCUAUUGAGAAUAUGCCUUAGUUUGUUGCUUUUGUGAAUAUGUACAAUUAAUCUUUAAAAAUCUCUUUGUAAAGAGUUCAUUUUUCCAAGAUUAAAGUUUUGGAUAUUUAA